AUGACGCAAACCCCCAGUAUGCGUCUGCUGGAAAACAACAACUUGGUCGAAGUUGCUAUGGUCCAGCAGCAACAACAGCAACAGUCCCAGCAGUCGACACAGAAGCAGAAGCAGACAAGUCCUACAAAUAAUAACACCAUAGAAGCUUGGAGAUCGAUUCAAGGCGGGCAUCAGUGGUGGAGUCCGCCCAGUAGUAUUCAGCAGGAACAGCAGCAACAACAGCAAGUACCUUCGAUCGCACAGGUUUCUCAACCGCAAAGUCUGGUGGCCGGAUCGGUAUGUGGUCAGGUGCAGAAGCAUCAGCCGCAAGUGCAAUCGGAAAUCGAUCAGCCGCUCGACUUCUCUGUUGGUUCUCUGCAGCAGCAAAGGCUGCAUUCGCGCGUGAGGACUAUGAACGAGAGACUUCAGGGUAGAAUGCAUGACAACAACAACGGAACGAGCGGCCAGAAAAUCACCAGGGGAGACGUUAGUAGGCGAAGCUAUAGCCCCAGUGAAGCUAGUACUAGUAGCAGCGAAGACGAGGGUGUUUCUACCGGCGGCAGUCCUACGGGACCUCUUCGAGGCGCUUCGGAUUCGUGCGAACCCGUUGCGGAGCGACCUUACAGUAAAGUCUGGAUAGGAGACAAUGAUGUCUCGUGGCGAACGGACCAGUCUUUCAAGAGGACAUCACCCUUAAAUCCUUGUGCCACAACGACUACCACGACGACGACAAGCGGUGGGCCACUGACACAUCCCCACCUGUCGCCACCCGUAGCUGCCCCUGUUACCACCCCCGAUCACAGAAGCCCCAGUAGCAUGCAUGCGAAACUUGGCAUCUCACCCGGUAGCGACGCGCUCGGCCGAAUCGAUAAGGAGCCAACCUCGCCGGAAUCCAUACAAGAUGCCGACUUACAUGGGGAUGUCGAUGGUCCUGAACUCAGCGGAGAUGACAGGAGUAUCGCAAGUGACAUCCAAGAUGCUACCGAGGCGCAUCUUGAUAAUGACUCCAUGGACUCGGACAGGGAAGCUCUCAAUCUGGUCACGGAUGUCUCGCAACGCAACAGCAGCAGCGGUACCAGCGGCAGCGCGUCCUCGCCGAGUUCUGGAAUCAGCAGCCAGCUCACAGGCAGUCACCAGCAGCAACACACGUCCGGCCAACAAAACAAUAGCAAUUCUGCGCUGGCGACCGCUCAAUUGCUCAGCCAGCAAUUGCUGAUGCAUGGUGCAUUAGGGACCCAGGAUCUUCAAGCGCUCGCUUCGACGUUGCAGCAUCAUCAACUACAGUCGUUACAACAACAACUACAGCAAUUCGCCAUGUUUCAGGCUAACCCAGCGGCGGGACAGCUUCCGCCGUUCUUCUUGCAAAAUCAGGGGCUGUUGCAGAGCGGUGGCUACCCAACAAGACCGAGUCAUCCGCGCUCACAGUCCAUGCAGGUACGAUUUAGGACAGAGUUGUAUCCAGGCAUUGUGCAAGCAGCAGCGCAGUUGCUACAGAAGCAGCAAGUUCUUCAAAAUAGCGGCAAUUUGGUCGGUCGAAGUUUGGCGCAAAGAUCAUCACCACCACCUAGCACACCACCAGCAGUAAAACCGACGAGAUUAGAACCUUCGCCGGAGGAAACAACGGACCUUGAAGAGUUAGAACAGUUCGCCAAAACCUUCAAACAAAGACGGAUCAAGUUAGGUUUUACUCAAGGAGAUGUCGGACUCGCCAUGGGAAAACUCUACGGCAACGACUUCUCUCAAACUACGAUCUCCAGGUUUGAAGCACUGAAUCUUUCCUUCAAAAAUAUGUGCAAGCUGAAACCACUGUUACAAAAGUGGCUAGAAGAUGCCGAUAAUUCAUUGAACAAUCCUAACUCUUUGUCGAAUCCACUUACGACACCGGAAGCGAUUGGCAGGCGGCGGAAGAAGAGAACGUCGAUAGAGACCAGCGUAAGAGUGGCUCUCGAAAAGUCUUUUAUCCAAAACCCAAAGCCCACGUCCGAGGAGAUAACCAUACUGGCUGAUAGUCUUGCAAUGGAGAAAGAAGUAGUUCGUGUGUGGUUUUGUAACAGGAGGCAGAAGGAAAAGAGGAUCAAUCCACCGACAGCUGCAAUGGGCAGUCCAACAAUGACGUCGUCUGCACCUUCAGUAUUUGCUUCCCUCGCCAAUUCUAUCUCUGGCAGUCCUUUAGCGCUUACAACGCAUUCCUCCAGCGCUGGCCACUCGCAUCCUCAUCCAACACCCAUACCUCUCGCUUUAGUAACUUCGUCAGGCGGCAAUUACCAUCCACUGAAUAACAAGUCCCACGAGUGA